AGUUCCCCCGCGGGCCUUUUGACCUGAUGCCUCCCUCGCUCCAUCCGUGGCAUGAAGGUGUCUUUGAGACCUUCGUCUCCGGAUACUGGAUUACCGGCUUCUUUCUUCUUCCAUUCAUAUGUCUAUGACAGGCGCUUGUCUUGACUCAUCGACCGGCAGACAACUGCUAUAUCAUCGCCAGCGCCCCUCCCCCUACGAUCCUACACCAAUUCACCCUAGCGGCAGCGAUUAUUCUUCCGCAGCUUUGCGUGGACCUCUCUUGUUCCUCGUGGAUUAGUGUACGAUCUACCUAAAUAGAGGAAUGUGGUUUUCUCUCGUCACAUUCGGUCACCCGGUCUCUUUUUGCAUUCCUUCAAUGGAUAUCCCUCUGCCUUGAUCCGCGCGAUUCUCCGGACAGACGAUCAUCCCCAUGGCUUCAACUGGGAAACCCCCGCUGGACGAUUCCCGUCGUGGGACGGGAUCACCCAAAAUCAAGUCGCGAGAAAAUGCGAAAGAUACCCUAUGUCGUAAUGUGACCAUCUAUGGCCGGUGUCGAUAUGAGGAUAAAGGAUGCGCUUUCAACCACGAUCCACAAAGGUUCAAUCCAGCAUAUCAAUCGGACAGCAACAAAAAGCGACUCAAUGUCGACUCCCCGAGCUUCACACCUUCCCUCUUAUCUUCCAAUGGAUCAUCCCCAACGAUGUCUUCGGCAACCGCGAAGAAGACCGCCACGAUAUCUCCCAAGGCUGCAAAUGCCGCUCCUUUUCAACCUCGAAGCUCCAACGCGAGCACACCCUCUGGUCGACAAGAAACGUUGACUCCGGACUGGUCGGUAGCCGAAGCACAGGAGUUUAUUCCUCAGACCUUCGAUACAUCCCACAUGGCCUCUUUACAAGGAAAUAGCAAUGGCGGAGUCCCCGCGUCAAGUCCUUUUGAUCCUUUCGUGACAGCCCCAAAUCCACUCUCCGCUGCCGGUGCGGUCGGUUCUGUGCAGGCAGGCGCAUUCCCGCAUGAGACUGCAGCUGCCGCCGCCGCUCUAGGCGGAGCCGCAUUUUUCGCCGGACAAUCUGGCUUCCAGCAGCCGGUUCAAUAUCAUCUGUACGCGCCUAUCGGACCUCAUAGUCAAAAUACGUUAGGCUACCAGCGAAACGUCCAUGAUCUCUUUCUUCCAAAUGACUUCCGUGAAGAACUUCAAAAGAAGUCGGCUGCGGCACUGCAAACCCUGCCCAAUACGCAACUGCCCGCGCAGGUUGAUUACUUCCACUCCCUAGUCCCUCUAGAUUUGAACCAUCAGAAAAAUGCGGCAAUCUUUGGGUUUCCCAGUUGGGUUUACAAGGCGCAAUCGAGUAAAGAUGGGAAUUUUUACGCUCUUCGACGUCUGGAAGGCUUUCGCUUGACGAACGAGAAGGCCAUCCGCUCCGUUCAGGCCUGGAAGCGAGUAUGCAAUGGCAGUGUGGUGACCGUUCACGACGCCUUUACCAGCAGAAGCUUCCAGGACAGCUCGUUGAUAUUUGUCACCGACUACCAUCCCCUCUCGAAGACACUCGCGGAGCAACAUCUGGGUGCAGGAAACAGGUUUCCGGGCCGGCACAAUACACCUAUCCCGGAACAGGUACUCUGGGGCUACAUGACACAGAUUGCGAAUGGUCUUAAGGCCAUCCACAGUAACGGUCUUGCCGCGAGAGUCAUUGAGCCUAGCAAGAUUCUCUUAACUGGCAGAAACCGCAUUCGCCUUAAUGCCUGUGCGAUCCUCGACGUGGUCCAGUAUGACAACCAGCGAACCAUCGCCGAUCUCCAACGUCAGGAUCUCGUUGGCUUCGGGCAGCUCAUCGUCACCCUGGGUGCCAAUUCGCAGACAGUGAUGCAUAAUCCCACCAAAGCUAUGGAGCACUUCACUCGCGCCUACAGCCCCCAACUAAAGAAUUCGGUGUUUUGGCUAUUGAACGGGCUGCAAAAGGACCAGGACCGUAACAUCGACAUUCUUAUUACCGGCAUCUCCUCACAGCUGAUGUCGACUUUUGACUCGGCUCUCCAUCUGGAUGAUCAGCUGACAUCCGAUCUGAGUCGGGAACUCGAAAACGGCCGCCUCGUGCGACUGAUGACCAAGUUGAAUCUCGUGAAUGAGCGACCAGAAUAUGAACAUGAUAGGCAAUGGUCAGAGAACGGCGAACGAUACUUCCUGAAAAUCUUCCGGGAUUAUGUCUUCCAUCAAGUGGACGCCCAGGGCGAUCCCGUCGUUGAUAUUGGCCACGUACUUACAUGCUUGAACAAACUAGAUGCAGGAAGCGACGAGAAGGUCACAUUAGUGAGUCGAGACGAGCAGAGCUGUUUUGUGGUCAGCUAUAAGGAGGUUAAGAAGGCUUUGGAAUCAUCGUUCCAGGCACUUCUCAAACCUGCUCGGAGGCUUCACUAGAAAUGAGAUGUUGUUCAGACAUAGGGCCUCGUCCUGUUCGACAGCAUUCCUCUGACUUUGCUCUGUUGACAUCUUCGUUUUAUAUACAGAAAGGGGAUGGGACAAGAUCAUACUGAUCGUACUAGUCUGUUGCCCGAUCUUUCUACGACCGGAUAAUAACCUUUUUCAAAUGUUUGCACAUCUAGAAAGAUGGAUAUGAUGGUGCUUUUGGGGACUUUGGUCCGGGGGCAGUCUGAAUAUGGUAUGGGUAUGCGUAUCGAUAUGGAAUUUCCUGGUUUAUACAAUCUUGUCGGAGGGAGGAUGUAUGUCCUACUUUACCUAUAUCCUUCUGUUUAUUUCUUUUUGUCGCUUUGCUUUGUUUCCGACCAGACUCUGGGGAUAUGAUGUGAUAUGCAAUAUACAAUGAAGAUACAAAUCAUGCAUUUUAUA